AUGGCUGACCCACAGCUCGCCGCUUUACUGGCACAACAAGCUGCCAUACUGGAUGGAGUCCAAAAGACUCUUGGAAGGUUGGAAGAGAGAGAUAAAGAUGCGGCUUCAUCGCUUAUAGCAGUGAAUGAUCGUAUUACCGCUGACAUUGCAGCCGACAAAUUGGAGCGUGAUGCUACUUUAGCAUCAAUGAAAGAAUCAUUCGAAGCUAUGAAAAAAUCUCUGGAGGAAGUAUCAAAUAGAUCACCUCCUGGAGCUGAAGAAGCUAAGGAAAGCCCUUCCACUCCUUCGGAUAUAACUGACUUCUCCACAUUUCAUAAAGGAAAACUGUCAAAAGCUGAUCAAGAUCACUUCAGCACAUCGUAUGGGGAACUAUCCAAAGGCAUUGGCAUGAAUAACCUUUACCAUGAUACAGGCCUUAAAAUCUUUACAGCAGUCUAUAAUGGCAAAGGCACCAUGGAAAAUAUAGGUGACCUACGCAAAUGUAUAAGUCGCUACAUAGAGGUUCAUUCGCUGAAUAAAGCUCGAAGGAUUUUGGAUGUAAAGUCCUAUUACUCCUAUACACAGGGUCAUGAUAAGUUCACAGAUUGGAUCAACUCAUCCCUGGUGAAUGCAUACAGUAGUGCGAUGAAUGCCAUCAUUGGCAUGAAGAUCGAUGUGACGCAACUAUCUGGACUCCAAAUUCUUAGAAUAGAUGACGUCCAGCUUGAUGAAUCUAGUGCUCGCGGAGAGCAAGUGAUUCUAUGGGACAAAGUUCCAAUUGAUCUUUUCACUAAAGAAAAAUUUUUGAAGGAUCCAUUCAAAUAUAUCACAGAAGAAGGGUUCAAAUUGAAGGAUCAGAAAUUCGUGAUCUCAAAGAUUCUCAAGCAUGACAAAGAUCUUGAAAUGAAGACGCUUUCAUUUCACUGCAUUCCUAUGAAUUUUGGGGAUCGCACGAAUGAGCAUCAACCUUAUCGCAAUUGCUUAUUCAAAGCUGGCAUGAAUCAAAGUGCUGAAGAUCGACGUUACGCACCAAUGAGUUCUAUGAUUCCAGGGGAUGUUAACUUCAAUCCUGCGGAGCAUAUGGAUCUCACGGACUUUGGCUCAUCAGACACUGUAGUAUCUGAAAAUCUCUAUGCUUACCUGAACAAUAGCUUCCGUAAUCUGUCCCAAAAGGACAAAUCUGAGUUGCUUUCAGCAGAAAUGGAGAACAUCAGGAAAAUAAGCAUGGGCUGCAAGUCCUACACUCUAGUUCAAUGGGUUCUCAGUGUUCUGUGUGGUGGACAAGAGUCCAUACUUCUACACUUGCAGGAUUAUCGUAAAGAUGUACUCGACGCUACAACUGGAGCCUUCUCCGAAUUUCCAUUACUUGACCCCAACAACAUCAUGAAGUUUGUAUAUCAACUUAAUGAGAAGAUAGGGGUUAUGUCAAAUCGCGAUCCCUAUGCAUACAGAUCCAAGAAAGAGCUCAUGCGAGAGGUCAUUCAGGCCAUGUGGCGCCAUGUAACUGCCUCACAAUGGCAAAACUAUAGUGAUGAACCAGCAUCUGCUUUGCAUGAAAAGAUCUUUAAAAUUACAGAUGCUCUUCGCGUCUUUUAUGGGAACUCCCAUCAUCGCGAUAAACCCAGCUCGUUAAAAGCUCUCGAAGCAACACAAGUUGGUCUCAGUCAUGCCAUCUAUGACAUAAAACUAAUGAUAGACAUGUGGAAGAAUUGGAAUCUUAUGAGACCACGGCAGCCUUCGCUGCCAAUUGUGUGA